AACCAGUUAGAGUUGUUACUGACAAUCACUACGUAAUUGAUAAUAUAAUAAACUAAAGCAGUUCCUAUCAAACUAGCGUCAGUUUUCUAUAACCUUCUAUACUAAAAAGGUGACACAAAACCCAUAGGGACAAAGCUUAAGUGAAAAAUUCAUGAAACAACUUUAGAAGAAGGCCAUAGCAACACCCCUAAAUUACAUUUAAUUACAUAAUAAAAACUAUUAUAUAUAUAUUAUAUAAAAAUAUAAUAUUUAUAUAUAAAGUGGUUUGUUCCCAUUUCUUCAUAGACAGACGUAAAAUAUCUGAAUAUCUGAAUAUCAUUUAUAAUCUUGUUGUUAAAAUUUCAUAGCAUAUCAUCUGAUCUCAUUACUACCUUUUUCUGUAUAUAAACAAUUCUAGAUCGACUUCAUUAGGACUAUUUGAUUAAUAUUUCAUAUUUUGUCAUUACUUCCAAAAUCUUUAAUAUAUUAUCAUGAAAGUAUCAACUUCAAGUCUGCGUUAUUUCAUAAUAACAGUUCUACUUUUGAUAGCCAACAUUGUAACUUCAAAUGAAAUUCAACAACCUUUAUCAGCAUUCAAAUUCCAUCCCUUUGAUUCUCCUGAGUUUUGUUCUCAAAUAAUAACUCCUUCAUGUAAUACUACCUUUUCAUACAUUGAUGAAUUAAAUAAAAGCAUAAGACCAUUUUUAUCAGAUCUUAUUAAAACUUCAUAUUUCAAAUAUUUUAAAGUUGAUUUAGAUAAACAAUGUAAAUUUUGGAGUGCUCAACAUUUCUGUGCAACUGAGAAUUGUGCUGUUGAAAUCUUACCUCCUGAUCAAUUUAAUUGGUCAAAUAUUCAUAAUGACUCCCUUAAACCAAGUCAAUUAGGAAAAAUUAAUCGUGCAGAUUCAACUGCUAUUGAUAAUUCAAUAGAAACUGAAGCUAUAGAUACUUGUGAAGAUUUAGAUUAUUCUCAUUUUGAUGAAGAUCAUGCAUGUGUAUAUGUUAAUUUAUUAAAUAAUCCUGAAAGAUUUACUGGUUAUGGAGGUAAUCAAUCUUUUGAUGUUUGGAAAGCUAUUUAUAGUGAGAAUUGUUUCCCAAAUACAAAUCCAAUGUCAAUGAAAAAUCUUGAUGCUGAACCUGAACAAUGUAUUGAAAAAAAUGUCUUUUAUAGAAUUGUUAGUGGUUUACAUGCAUCAAUUGCUGUUCAUUUAUCAAAUGAAUAUUUAGAUGCUGAAACUGGUGAAUUUUAUCCAAAUUUAAAAGUUUUCAUGGAAAGAGUUGGAUCUUUCAAUGAUAGAUUAUCUAAUAUUUAUUUUAAUUAUGCUAUUGUAUCCCAAUCGAUUGUUAGAUUGGCUCAAAUUUUACCCUUGAAACAAUUUAUUCAAAGUGGUUAUGAUGAUAUAUCUCCAGCUCAAAAGCAAAUUUUUGACCAAAUUGGUAAUGUAGAAUCUGUUGAUGUUUAUGAUGAUUUAUUAUUACAAGAAAUUAUUCCAUCUUUAUCUCAAAACACUUUAUUUGAUACUUCGACCUUAUUUUCUGAGGAUCCUUUAUUAAAGAAUGAAUUUAGAGCUAGAUUUAAAAAUAUUAGUGCUAUAAUGGAUUGUGUUGGUUGUGAUAGAUGUAGAAUGUGGGGUAAGAUCCAAACUAUUGGUUAUGGAACAGCAUUAAAAAUCUUAUUUGAAGAUGAAGCAGCUGAAAAUUUAAAAUUUAGAAGAAUUGAAAUUGUGGCAUUGAUUAAUACCUUUGAUAGAUUAUCUAAAUCGAUUGCUUCUAUUAAUAAUUUUAAAUCGAUGUACUUGAAGCAUUUAGAAGAUGUUGAAAAGGGUAUAGCCAAACCUGGUGAAUAUGAAACUAUUCGUAAUAAAGCUAAAGGUUUAGGAUUCCCAUUCUUUGCAACUGCUCCACAAUUUAAAGAUGACGAAAAAGUAGUUAGUUCUUUAUCGUCAACUUUAUCAGUUUCAUCGGCUUCUGAAUCUUCUACUUCUGUAACGUCGACUCCUCCAUCUAAGAAAUUAGGUUUCUUCUCUCCAGUUGAAGUUGAAAAGUUGUUGGAUCCAUCCAAACGUUCAUUUAUUGAUGAACUCAAAAUCGCCAUCUUCGAUGUUUCUGAUGCUGUCAAAUUCAUUUUGAAUAGUUAUAUAACUUUCCCAUCCACUAUUUUCAAAAUUACGGUUACUUAUGCUUCCCAAUUAUGGGAUGAAUUAAUUGGAGCUCCAACUAGAUUUAAAUAUGAAAGCCCUAUUUCUAUUAAGAAUGAUGAACAAGAGAAAUAUGCAGCAUUAUUUGAUAAUUAGCUUAGUAUAUAUCGUAAGUUGUAAAUACUGUAUAGAUUAAAGUGUUCAAUAUACUUUUGAAUUUCGACAGAUUGCUGCGAAAAAUUAACAAUUCUCAGAAAGAACCCCUUUAUGUAGCAUAACCCCAAAGUAUAAAAUGUAAAGUUUUUCGAACAUUUUAAAUAAAAUGCAUGUUACAAAUUGGAGCCGCUAUGCAAUGAACUGUAGGAAAGAUUUCAUAUCGAUUUCAUAUUGAUUUUCAUGAGAUUGCAGAUAACUACAUGAUAGCUAAAAAUCACAAA